ACAGCCACUCCCUGUCCCACUCCCCACUCUGCCCCUUUGACUACUACAUCUACUACUGCCCAGCUCCAGGAUAGGUAACAGCCCUGCUCAGACCACUCUUCUCGGACCCCUGUACUCUUCCAGGACCUGGGCCCUGCCUCGUACCUCUCUGCCCCCCUCCGCUGACUAUCAUAUGACCGUGACCAUGGCUGACAUCAACAACGGUUAUGAACAGAAGUUCCAGACAGACAGACAUCAUAAAGAGAUUGACCUGAUCAACAGAGACCCCAAGCAAGUCAACGAGGAUGUAGUGAAGGUGGACUUUGAGGACGUGAUCGCUGAGCCUGACGGGACUCACAGUCUGGACGGGGUGUGGAAAGCCAGUUACACCACCUUCACUGUGUCCAAAUACUGGUGCUACCGUAUCCUGUCUGCCAUUUUGGGGAUCCCCAUGGCUCUACUGUGGGGCUUCCUAUUUGCCUGCCUCUCCUUCUGCCACAUCUGGGCUGUGGUGCCUUGCAUUAAGAGCUGCAUGAUAGAGUCCCAGUGUUUCAGCCGUAUCUACUCCCUGGCCAUACACAUCUUCUGCGACCCGCUAUUUCAAGCCCUGGGAAAGAUAUUCUCAAGUGUUCAGGUGGUGCUACAGAAGGAUGUGUAAGGUUCAGAAGCAUGAGUCAGAUUAAUAAUUGGAUAGGAUAGUGAUGGUACUUCCCGGUCUACUCGCCACCCUAAAGUAGGCUACUUCCCUGGCCACAUGUCUGGUUGCUGAUGCUGGGUCUGAGUCUGACUCAUUUUCCAAAAAGAGCUUGUGAUUGAUAGAGAUUAGUGUGUUCAAUCAGAAGACAAAAAGAAUAGUGCUCUUAAUUUGAUCUCUCUUUUGUUGCUGAGAAUUGCAAACUUUUAGUGUAUUCAAGGUUUAAAAUGCCUUCUAAAGUUUUUAAUUUCCACAUUAAAAUGUCAGAAUUGACUUUCCUUAACUAAAAAUGUUUCAAGUUCCUGUUGUUGCAGGAUUAUUUUCCUGCUGUGGCAAACUGGCUUAAAAUAAGGUCCUACUUUACAUUUGUACAUGUAGAUGGGGGGUCAAUUAUGGUCUAUACAACAUAGUACACUACAAAAAACACUCAUCCAUGAUUGAUUGAUUUAAUGGUAUUCCAUACUCUAUUUUACAAACUUUAUUAAAAAAAAUAGAUUUA